AUGACGAAACAUGACGUCCGUUGCCGUUCGAGCUUCGAAGCGCUCGAGCUCCGCGUCGCCUCCUGCAUUUUGGCGGUUCAAGCUGGCGUUGUCCGCGUUGCUGUGCAAAUCGGUUCCGGGACAGGCGGCUCACUUGGACAAGCUUUGUUUCCGGUGGUGCCGCGUUUCGAUGUGGUGAAACACCAGCAGUUGGAUGCCAAGGACAUGCGCGCAGUGGCGAAGUUGAGGUGCUUGCAGGAGCUCAUGUCGGACGAAGCAAGUCGGACAAAGCCGCAAAAGGGCUGUAGCAGACUACAACCGCUAGCAUCCUUAAUCGCAGCAAAGCCUGCCACGAUCACUUGGAAUCUGCAGCUGAAAGAUGUGCUGACGGGCAAUUCAUUGUAUCCCUUGGAAUCGCUCUGGGUGCAUCAGGGAAGGCUGCGUUGCCGCCUGGUGGCCUACGUCCAGGGCUCCUGCUUUCACUUACGCUUACGGCCUUCUUGCGAGGCUGGCCAUGUGGUGGAAGAGAUGGAAUUGCAGGCGAUGCUGAAUCUGUUUGGACUCACCGAGAGCCCUUUGAGCGCCUUUAUCACAGAAGAGAACUUCCAUCAUAAGGGCGUGGCCGUGGAGCUGAGCGAUUUGACCGACCGCAUCCGCGCGGAGCUGCGCCUGCGCAAGUUCGCUGCGGUGCUGAGGCCAGACAUGGGGCACUUUGAUGCAGCCUUAGGGCAUGAGAGCCCGCGACUGGAUCUCGUGACCACGACUGAAUCGUCGGUGCCUGAGAUCGAAGGGGGGCGAUGUCCAAGCGCGGCCGCGGUGGCCGGCCCGCGAGGGUAG